AUGAGCACUUCUGUUGGCGAAUCAUCGAUUACUAAAAUGCCUGAAAACGCUGCUCAAAGUUCAACUGAAAAAGGUUCAGAAUACCUUGAACAAUUGGCGCAUGAAGCCGAAGAUUUGAGAAAGAAAUUGGAUCAAGAACGACAGAAAUUGAAUGAUAUUCCGAUUCAACAAGCAGCCGAAAGGCUUGAAGUUAUGGGAAGUUUGGGAAUCAAACAGAGGCGUAUUUUGAAGGGACAUGUUGGAAAAGUAUUGUGUAUGGAUUGGUCAUUGGAUAAAAGACAUAUUGUAUCAUCGUCACAGGUUAGAUUAUUUUCAUGAAAUAUUUUUAAAAAUAUAAAUUGAAUUUUUUAAAUUAUAGGAUGGUAAAGUUAUUGUAUGGGAUGGUUUUACAACAAAUAAAGAACAUGCAUUAACAAUGCCAACAACUUGGGUAAUGGCUUGCGCGUUUUCUCCAAGCAGUCAAAUGAUUGCAUGUGGGUAAGUAUUUUUUGAGUUGUCAAUUGGUUCCAAACCGAAAUAAAUUCAAUAAAAUAUUUUCAGUGGUCUUGACAAUAAAUGUAGUGUAGUUCCACUAUCUUUCGAAGAUGACAUAAUUCAAAAGAAACGCCAAGUCGCAACUCACACAUCUUACAUGUCUUGUUGCACUUUCCUUCGAUCUGAUAAUCUCAUUUUAACUGGUUCUGGUGAUUCAACUUGUGCUAUUUGGGAUGUUGAAAGUGGUCAACUUAUUCAAAAUUUCCACGGACAUACUGGCGAUGUUUUUGCAAUUGAUGUUCCGAAAUGUGAUACUGGAAAUACCUUUAUUUCUGCUGGGGCAGAUAAGGUAAAUUCAUUUUCAACUAAAAAAAAUUGAGAUAUCAAUUUUUCUUCAGCAUUCUUUGGUUUGGGAUAUAAGAUCAGGACAAUGCGUGCAAUCUUUCGAAGGACAUGAAGCAGAUAUCAAUACAGUUCGUUUUCAUCCAAAUGGUGAUGCUUUUGCAACUGGAUCAGAUGAUGCAACGGUAUUUUUUAUUUGAAGUUUUCUCGGUUUAUGAUUAUUUUUUCAGUGUCGCCUUUUCGAUCUUCGAGCAGAUCGUCAAGUUUGUGUAUAUGAAAAGGAAUCAAUCCUUUUCCCAGUUAAUGGUGUUGAUUUCAGUUUGAGUGGUGAGUAUUUGUUGAAUAGCUUAUAUCUUCAACAAAAAAUUGAACAUUUCAGGCCGUAUUCUGUUUGCUGGAUAUGGUGAUUAUCGUGUUGGAGUUUGGGAUUCUUUGAAAUGUGUUAGACACAGUGUAUUAUAUGGACACGAAAAUCGUAUUUCUUGUCUACGAACAUCACCUGAUGGCACAGCGGUUUGCUCUGCUAGUUGGGAUUGUACUAUACGUAUUUGGGCAUAA